AUGAGACUGAUGGAGGAUGUCAACCCAGUGGCUCUGUGGAUCUUUAGAGUGGUGGUCUGGUUGUACUCUGUGCUUUCCUACCUGCCUUGUUUGCUGCUGUAUGGAGGAUCCAGUAGCGGUUCUGAUGCUGGUCGUCGGGUCAAAGCCAAGUCGGUGACGGGGUAUGGAUCCGGCCCGUACAGAGACCUGGACGCUCUGGGAGGGUUGGCCAUGUGCCUGCAGUCCGGAGUGGACACCCUGGACAAAAUGUUUGAGUGGUCGGUUCGGCGUUUUCCUAAUCACGACUGCCUGGGCACCAGAGAACUCCUCAGGGAGGAGGAGGAGACGCAGGAGAACGGCAAAGUGUUCAAGAAGGUGAUUUUGGGGGAGUACUGUUGGUUGUCCUAUGAGGAUGUGCACAGGAGAGCCUGUAUGUUUGGCAGUGGACUAACAGCACUGGGUCAGAGACCCUAUAGAAACGUGGCCAUUUUCUGUGAGACCAGAGCAGAGUGGAUUAUCGCUGCACAGGCUUGCUUCAUGUACAACUUCCCAUUGGUGACACUGUACUCUACGCUGGGUGGUCCAGCCAUCGCUCACGGACUCAACGAGACAGAGGUGACCCAUAUUAUCACCAGCCGAGAGCUUCUGGACACCAAAAUCAAGGCGAUUCUGGUGGAGGUCCCGAGACUGCGACACAUUGUUGUGGUGGAUGACAGAGGGAGAAGCCCAAAGGACAGGUCCCCACCAGGCAUCACUGUCCACAGCAUGAGCUCUGUAGAGGAAUUGGGUGCGAAGCCCGACAAUGUGUGUGUGCAGAUGAAGCGUCCGUGUGCCAGUGAUAUAGCUGUCAUCAUGUACACCAGUGGAUCUACUGGAGCACCCAAGGGAGUCAUGAUCUCCCACGGCAACCUGGUCGCUGGAAUCACUGGCAUGGCACAUAGAAUCCCAAACCUGGGUGAGAGUGACACCUACAUCGGGUAUCUGCCGCUGGCCCACGUGCUGGAGCUGAGCGCUGAGAUGGUGUGUGUGGCUCAUGGCUGUCGGAUCGGCUACUCCUCCCCCCAGACGCUCGCUGACCAGUCCACAAAGAUAAAGAAGGGAAGCAAAGGAGACACUAGUGUUCUGCAGCCUACACUGAUGGCAGCUGUACCGGAGAUAAUGGAUCGUAUUUAUAAGAAUGUGAUGUUGAAGGUGGAGGAGAUGAAUGCGGUGCAGAGGACUCUGUUUAUUCUGGCCUAUAAUUAUAAACUGGAACAAAUCACUAAAGGCAACAGCGCUCCGCUCUGUGAUAGGCUGGUGUUUGGUAAGGUGCGUGCUCUGCUGGGAGGUAAAACGCGGGUGCUGUUGUCGGGCGGAGCCCCCCUGUCGGCUGCCACUCAACGUUUUAUGAACGUCUGUUUCUGCUGCGCCGUGGGACAGGGUUACGGCCUCACAGAGACGUGUGGGGCAGGCACCAUCAGCCAGAUUUGGGACUAUAGCACGGGAAGAGUCGGAGCGCCUUUAAUCUGCUGUGAGAUUAAGCUGAAGGAUUGGGUUGAGGGAGGCUACAGAACCUCUGACAUGCCAUACCCACGUGGGGAGAUCCUGAUUGGUGGACCUAACGUAACCAUGGGAUACUAUAAGAACAAGCAGCAGAAUAGUGAGGACUUCUCAGUGGACAAAAAUGGCCAAAGAUGGUUCUUCACUGGAGACAUUGGAGAGUUCCACCCAGAUGGCUGCCUUAAGAUUAUAGACCGUAAGAAGGACCUGGUGAAACUGCAGGCAGGAGAGUACGUCUCUUUGGGCAAAGUGGAAGCCAUGCUCAAGAACUGCCCUCUUAUUGACAACAUCUGUGCCUAUGCCAACAGUUUUGAGUCAUACGUGAUUGGUUUGGUGGUGCCCAAUCAGAAGCAGCUAUUGGCUCUGGCAGAAAGGAGACAUGUCAAAGGUUCUUGGGAGGAGCUGUGUAACAGCCCUGUGAUGGAGGAGGAGGUGCUUAAGGCCAUCACUGAGACAGCACUCGCAGCCCAACUGGAGAGAUUUGAGAUCCCGCUGAAGAUUCGUUUGAGUGCAGAACCCUGGACUCCAGAAACGGGUCUAGUGACAGACUCCUUCAAACUAAAACGCAAAGAGCUGAAAGCACACUAUCAGAAGGACAUUGAAAGGAUGUACAGCAGCAAGUAA